AUGCGGCUUUGCGACGACGCGGGCCCGUUUGACCUGAAGAGUACAUGCGUUCGGAACUCAUGGAGUUCCCUCAUUCCAGCUGCAUUCGUACUUGCGAUAUGCGUCAGUUCGAUACCAAAACCGGGGCCGAUACGAAGGCUCUUUGCAACCAUUUCGAAACCAUUCAAGACCUUUAUCACCUUGGAGGAAGCAGAAGCCCUCACGAAUGACAAUAUGAGCCAGGAGAAGGGCUUGGAACAGGAGCUGGAUGGGGGGAACGGCAUCGAGGGAGAUACCGGACCUCCGAUGCGACAAACGAUAUUCAUGGUUUUUAUUGGACUCGUGCAGUCGUUAUUCUGGAUGGGCGAAGGCUCAUUUCUCAUCGUUGGGGACAUUCAAAAACCAUGGGGAGGCAUUUCUGCGCUACUUCGGGCAUCAACUUGGCUAUACGCGACAGUUCGACCAGUCUCCCACCCUUCGAGGACGGCCCCAUACGACCUCUUCGCGCUCUAUUUCAUGCACUUUGUGAUGGGUUGCUUGACUACUGGCGGAGUGAUCUAUGACCAUGCCGUUCUGGGGAUUCCAUGGCCCUCCACUUGGGUUCUCGUCGGAAUGGGUGCGAAUUUAGCCUCCAUAUUGAUGCUGUUGGGCGUUGUGUGCAGUAUGCCGGUGGGAGUACCAAGCAAGCGCGUCAAGAAGGAGGAUAUUGGUGUCACCGUUUCUUGGGAAGACUAUACAACCCUCGGGGGCUGGAUAACUUUCUAUUGGAUCUACCCACUGGUUCGGAAGGGCCGUAAUGAAACUCUGAACGAAACUGAUGUCUGGAAUCUGAGCCCGACCAUUCAAGCUCGGCCAAUCUUUACGAAGUACAGCACUGUCCGGGGUUCCACACUGCUGCGCAAGCUCUUCAAUGCGAAUUCGCUUGACCUCAUUGUCGAUUUUGUGCUCACCGUUCUAAGCGCGAUACUCACCUAUGCUGCGCCAUUCUUCAUGAAGCGCAUUUUGGAAGCGAUCGAUUCAGACGACCAGUCGCCGGAAGUUCGCGCCAACGCGUAUAUUUAUGCCUUCCUUGCGUUUUUCUGCGCGCUCCUCAAAUCUCAAACAGAUUUGCAACAUCUGUGGUUUGGCCGGCGCGCAUGUACACGCAUUCGUACGGAGUUGAUGGCUGCUAUAUAUGACAAGGCAUUAAAAAGGAAGGAUUUCUCUGGAAUUAUUGACAAGGACAAGGCAAAAGAUGCUGCGGACGCAAAGGCCGGAAUCUCGCCAGAUAAAUUGAAGCAGAAGGCCGAUAAAGGCGACGAGCCUAGAGCCGGUGCCGACGUUGGGAAGAUUGUCAAUCUCAUGGCAAGCGAUGCCAACAGGGUAUCCAUGACCGUGUCUGCCGUGUAUUUCAUCUAUGGAGCUCCAUUUGAAAUUAUAAUUGGAUCCGUCUUCUUAUAUCAGAUGCUCGGUUGGUCCGCCUUCGCUGGGUUCAUCGUCUUGCUAGCGGGGUGGCCGCUCAACAGCUGGGUCGCUAAACGUAGCAUUCGCAUACAAAAGGGAUUCCUCGCCGCCAAAGAUAAGCGGAUGGGUGUUAUCAACGAGCUUAUUGGGGCGAUUAAAUUCAUCAAGUUCUUUGCAUGGGAAGAUCGGUGGAUUGGACGAGCUCUUGAAGCAAGGAGCGUCGAGAUGAAAUGGCUGGUCAAAGCGCGUAUUAAUACAAUAUUCUUCUAUCUCUUAUGGAACUGCUCGCCGAUCCUCAUUUCCAUUAUCUCCUUCUUGGUAUACGUCGCUCAGGGCAAGGAGUUGACGAUUAGUGUGGCAUUCACGUCUAUUGCUCUUUUCAACCUCAUUCGUCAACCUCUAAACGUCAUCCCUACUUGGAUAAUUCAGAUCCUUCAGACGAUGGUGGCUCUCCAACGAAUUGCUACGUACCUCGAUGAAGACGAAGUCAGCGAACAGGUGUCUUCCCUCAAGAAAGAUCGUUCCGAUCCCUACCUACCAGGCGACGACGACGAGGGAUUGGGCCUCGCCAAUGUUACAUCUAAAUGGAACGAGGUGGAGGAGAAGGAGAAGGGUAAAGGCAAGGAUGCGAAGAACAUCGCCAAUGGUAACGGAUCAUCUACUCCAGCCGAUGAGAUUGCAACAAUCGUCGGCGAUACUGCCAGUGCGGGUGGGCCUGAUGAAGAGCAACUCGACCACCAUUUCGAAUUGAGAGACGUGACAGUAAUGUUCCCCGAAGGACACUUGACCGUAGUGACUGGUCCCACAGCUAGCGGCAAGACUGCGCUCCUCAUGACGUUGUUGGGAGAAAUGACCGUUCUGAAAGGGAAGAUUGUGAUGUCGAAGAAUCUCUCCAAAGUUGAUGAGCACGGGCUCGCAAAUGGCAUAUCUUAUGCCGCCCAAAUGCCUUGGCUGCGCCAUCAAUCCAUCAAGGAUAACAUUCUCUUUGGAUAUCCCUACGACGAAGAACGGUAUAAUCAGGUCAUCGAGUGCUGCGCUUUGAAGCCGGACCUUGACAUCUUCGAAGACGGUGAUGCAACGGAAAUUGGUGCUCGGGGGGUCAGUUUAUCAGGGGGGCAGAAAGCAAGAGUUGCGUUGGCCCGCGCCGUGUACGCCCGAACAAAGUAUGUCCUGCUUGACGAUCCCCUCAGCGCCGUGGACAGCCACACAGCCAGGUUCCUGUUUGAAAAGCUCUUCCAAGGGCCUCUUCUAGCUCAUCGCACAGUGAUUCUCGUUACUCACCAUGUAGAGCUUGUUCUACCUGGAGCUGACUACUUAGUUCGUAUGCUCGAUGGCCGAAUCGAUACUCAGGGCACAGUCAAGGAACUUCGAGCUCAAGGCGUACUUGAUGAUAUUGCCCAUGACUCCGCUGUUGAAGCACAUCAAGAGGAAGAAGCUGUGGCUAAAGAAGUCUCAUCCUCUACCGAGGCACCUGGAAACGAAGCAGCAGGGGAUACCAAAAAGCCACGUAAACUGAUACAAGACGAGCACAGGGAAACUGGUGGUGUGCGGUGGUCCGUUUACCAUAGCUACCUGAAGGCAUCAUCGUAUUGGAUAUGGGCAUGUCUCGCGCUGCUGCUACUGGUACAUGAAGCACUAGGCGUCUCAGAGAAAAUCUGGAUAUCGAUAUGGGGUGCUGCAUACCCUAAAUUGGCACCCUCCGCUUUCCUGUACAAAUCGUUUUACGCACCACAUCACGAGCUUCCGACGGAUGGCCAGGUCCCACUUCACACGUAUUAUUCCAAUCCAAAAGGCUCUCCCCAAUGGACAUCAACAUAUGCUUUCCCGUCGGCGAGUGAACACCCUAUGUUCUACGUCGGCAUUUACGCUGCCAUCGGUAUCGCCAACGCCCUAGCCAGUGUAUUGUCAGUCAUAGCACAGUAUACGGGCGCACUUUGGGCUUCGCGCAUACUGUUCAAGAGAUUGCUAGAGACAGUAGUUCGGGCUACCUUCCGUUUCCAUGACACUACUCCGCAAGGACGCAUGCUGAAUCGUUUCGGGAAGGAUAUUGAAACAAUUGACAUGUCACUCGCAGGGUCUCUCCAAUCAGUCAACUCCUCUAUGGCCACCCUAAUAGCUUCAAUCCUCACCGUCGGCGUCGUAUUUCCAUUAUUCCUUAUCCCCGCCUUCGUAAUCGGUGUUGUUUACUACCAGCUUGCCGUUGGUUAUCUUAACACAGGGCGUGAUCUCAGGAGAAUGGAAUCUAACUCCAGGUCUCCCAUAUUUUCCGACUUCGGUGAACUGUUGGAGGGGAUCGUCACCGUACGGGCAUUUUCUGCGGAAACAAGGUUCCUCGAUAAUCUGCUCCGCAGAAUCGAUGUGACGACCAAGAUGUGGUACUCUUUCUGGAUGACCAACCGAUGGUUACUCUUGAAUUUUGAUGCCCUCGGAUACAGCAUCGUUCUCAUCACUACCUUGUUCGCCCUCUCAAUAUCUGAUGCGGGCUUGGCCGGUUUGUGUAUAACGUCGGCCAUGACAUUCACGAUGAGCAUAUACUGGGUUUGUCGUAUGUAUACAGCUCUGGAACUCGAUCUUAACUCUGUCGAACGUAUUGCAGAAUACUUGGACCUUCCGCAGGAGCCACCCGCCAUUAUCGAAGAUCGACGUCCCCCUGCAUAUUGGCCGUCGAGCAACACUACCGGAUCUCUUAUUGAAGUCGAGAAUCUAGUAGUAAAGUACUCCCCGGAGUUGCCCCCUGUACUCCAAGAUGUUUCCUUCAGUCUCAAGCCGCGGGAGCGGAUCGGGCUGCUCGGGCGCACCGGUAGUGGGAAGUCGACAUUGGCAAUGAGUAUUCUUCGCUUUGCCGACCCUGCCAGUGGACGUAUUCUCAUUGACGGCAUCGAUAUUUCGAAGAUUGGCCUCUAUGACCUGCGCUCGCGAUUGACGUUCAUUCCUCAGGAUGCAACACUGUUUUCCGGUACACUGCGCGAGAACCUUGAUCCCUUCGAGGAGCAUACGGACAGCGAAUGCCUUGACGUUCUCUUCAGAGUACAUUUACUCAACCGAAGUACUUACACUUCUCGCCGAACAUCUCGCGAAGGAUCUAGGGCCCCAUCCAUCCACGGUACCGAUCAAUUGCAGCAAGAAGAGCGAUCUCCAUCCGUAUCUACGACUAUGACUGAUACUGAUUCAAAAACGACUAUCUCCCUUGAUACUCAAGUCUCUGCUGGAGGAAACAAUUUCUCUCAAGGUCAACGCCAGUUAAUAGCAAUGGCUCGCGCUCUUCUGCGUCGGAGCUCGAUUAUUGUCCUCGAUGAGGCCACGAGCAGUAUCGACUUCGCUACGGAUGCGAAGAUUCAGACAACGAUCCGCGAAGAGUUCAAUGACUCUCUACUGUUAACAAUCGCUCACCGUCUUCGUACGGUCAUUGAUUACGAUCGACUUAUCAUCCUCGACAAAGGAAAGAUCGCCGAGUUUGACACACCCCUCAAUCUGAUCCAGAAGGAGAGUGGUAUUUUCAGGAACAUGUGUCUCCAGAGCGGGACGUUUGCCGAAUUAGAGGCUGCCGCGAAAGCGAAGGCGGAGCAUGCCUAA